AUGGAUCCGAGUACGCCACUUGACGGCGUUAUAAGCAUGGACGAUUUCAUGAUCCAGAACAAGCACGUACAUGAAGCCCAAAAACUCGUCAAGGAAACCAAACAACCCGCACUUCCCCCCUCAAAGAAGCCCAAAACACCCAACCAGAAACCCAACCCUCUUGUCCCUGUAGCAGUCGGCGCCCGCUCCUCCCGGCACACAAUCCUCCUCCACGAAAAAUACCAAGCCCUCGGCAUCCCGCAACCACUCUUCACCUACGGAGGCGGCAGUGAGACCGGAUGGACAGUAUCUGUGAGCUUUCCUGGCCUGGAUGAUGCGGAGGAGCUGCAGGGCUUGAAGUUCGAGGAAGAGAGGAAGUUCAAUAGUAAGCAAGAAGCCAAAGAGGCUAUGAGUCAGAAGGCGUUGGGUGUGUUGGAGGAGUUGGAGAAGCUGGGGAGGGUCAAGAAGGGUGGGAAGGGGAAAAAGAAGAAGGGGGGUAGUGAGGGGGAGGGGAAGGUUGUGGAGAAGGGGAAGGAGGAAAAGGAGAGGGGACCUGGUGAGAAUUAUGUUGGGAAGUUGCUUGAGUUUCAGCGCGCAACCGAUUCCCCCCAACCCACAUACACCGACUACCAAUCCGGCCAACGCUUCUCCUGCAUCAUCACCAUCGACGGCGAAGACCAAUCCUUCGGCUCCAUCUCUAACCUCUUCUCCUCGAAAAAAGCCGCACGUCAAGACGCCGCCCGCCACGCCGUCGAGCAUUUCAAAAGCCUAGGUACCUGGCCCACCGAUGACACCGCCGUCGGCGGCAUCCGCAAGAGAAAGAAAGCCUCCCCCACCGACCCAGACACCGUCUCAAUAUCACCACUACCAGACAACUCCAGUUCCCCCUCCACACCCCCCAUCCAAGCAACCACACCCACCCCCGCCCCUCCAGGCACGCCCUCCUACGCCUCCCGCGUCGCGACCCUCGCCGUCACGCUCGCCCUGCCGACUCCAGAAUGGAACUACACGCCCCACCCCUCCGAUCCCACGUUCCACAGCGUAUGCUGUUUCUUUAAAGGCGCGGGACAGCACGAGGGACCGAUUGGUGAAGUGAGGAAUAUUUACGGCAGGAAGAAGGCGAAGGAGGAGUGUGCAAGGUUGACGUUGGAGUAUUUGCAAGAGGUGAAGGAGGAGAGGUUGAGGUAUGGGAUUAGUGUUAUGAGGGGGGUGCUAGGCGAGGAAGGUGUUGAAGGUGUUGUUGGGGCGGGUUUGGGUAGGGUUGGAUUGGGUCAGGGCGAGGGAGUGGAGGCGGGUGGGGAGGAGAUGGUUAGGGAUGUGGGGGGUAAGGUGAGGUUGGGGAUGGGGCUUGAUGGUGUGGAUGAGAGGAUGGGGGAUAUGGAUGUGGAUGUGGGGGAGAGUAGUGAGGAUGAGGUGUUUGCUGAUGCUAUGGAGGGCUAA